AUGUGCAUCUGCGCUCAGAGCAGGGACCCCACCAACAGUUUGCAGGAAAAUCCUGUGCUUGCCAGACCCUUACUUGGCAACUUGAAGAUUCUUCCCUGGGCCUUGCUGCUGCUUCUCUUAGGCUUCCAGCCCCUGGUGACUCAGGCCUGGUGUUCAGAAACGGAUUUGGACAUUUACAAACUGCAAGUCAGUGAUCCCAAGUUCUCCCCUGCAGUGGAGUUUGCCUUACAGGAAUUCAACCAGCAGAGUGAGAACCAGUAUGCCUACAAGCUGGUACGUGUCCUAAGUUCCCAGAGUAAGAAGUUGAUCAGCUCAACAAUUUACUCCAUGAAGCUACAACUGGGAAGAACUGUAUGUGGAAAAUCUGAGGAAGAUAUUGAUGACUGCCCACUUCAAGACAGCACAAAGCUGAACAAUACCUUCACCUGCCUCUUCAAAAUCAGCACCCAGCACUUGGCAAUAAGUUUCAGCAUGCUAAAGAAGAAUUGCUCAGAAUGA